AUGGAUGGCGACCAUGCCCUCCGGUUCGACGACGUCGUCGUCCUCCACCUCCACAACUCAGACACCUCGUCGGCUGGCCUCGGCCUCAACACCUCGACAGCUUCCGCCGAGCCCGAGACCGCCGGCGUCCUCUCGGCGUCGGUCGUCGACGCCGACGCGCCGUAUCUGGACCCACGCGCUGACCCAGACUCGUUCGAGUACGCUCAUCUCUUCCGGAUCCGCGCCUCGCUCCGCUUCGGUGCUCUUCACGCCUGGCUCGCCGCCCGCGAUCGCGGCGGCUCGGACCGCGCUGGAGUCAACAUGGCCCUCCUCUAUGAGAACAUGCGCUAUGAGGCCCAGUUCAACGCCGGCGAGAUGGACCGGACGGCAGGCCGCCCGCUCCGCUACGGAACCCCUAUCCAGCUACAGCACGUCCUCUCCGGCAAGUUCAUCGGCCGCCAGGGCGCCUCGUACGAGCUGGUCCUCGUCGACGAGGCCCACGCCGCGUCCGUCUUUACCCUCGCCUCCAAGUACCGUAUUCGCCAGGACGACGACUUGGUUUUCGUUGGCGAUCCCAUCGGCCUGUACAAUAACCUUGGUCAAUGGCUCAAUGCCGACACAGACUCGGCCCUCAACCUCCACGGCAUGGUCUCGCUCCGCGUCGGCGGCGGCUUUGCCUUUUGGCAUCCGCGCCUCUUCUCCACCACUCCGCCGUCCACUUCUCAUGACGAUUCCCGUUUGGCUUCUGCUCCGCUGUCGUCGACUUCCACCCGCAGCGAUCGGCAGACCCCAUUCUCGCUCCGCGCCAUCGACGAAGCCGGCGCCGAGGCGCACGGCCACGCCUCGUCCGGCGAUCCUCACCUCACCCUCGGCAACGUUGUCCAGCUCUACAACAUCGAGCACGAGGGCUUUCUCGCGGUCGAGGCCUUUCUCGACUCGGGCUCGGAGCUUGUCUGCGUCCACGCUCACCCGUCGCCGUCGUCAAAGGCCUCGGCCGACGUCACCCUCAAUGCCAACACGCUGUGGCUGCUCGAGCUGGUCGAACCAUUCUCGCGGCCCGUACUUCUUGCCUCCAAUGGUCGCAUCUGUUACCGGCUCCGCCAUCUCCGCUCUGGCUCGUAUCUGGCCAUUGCCGACGACGAGCCCAUCGACCUUGAAAACGACGGCGCCACCCUCCACUGGCUCUUCCGCGACGAGCGCGCCUUCCCCGACCUUGUCACCGCCGUCACCGAUCCGACGGAUGCCGGCGACGCCGCCAUUUUCUUUAUCGACCGCAUUGCCGACGCCGCCGCCCCGCUGCGCCUCGACGACGCCGACCUCCUUGACUUUGGCAACCGCGUCCUCCUCCGCCACGCCUCCUCCGGCUCGGUCCUGGCUACCAUGACCCGUGCCGUCCACCAGAUGCGUGAGAACGACGUCAUGUUUCCGAACACCGCUGCGGCAUCGACCGCCGCGGCCGCGGCCGCUGGAGCCGCUGCCUCGGCCCGUGCUCGCGCCGCCGUCAUGGCCGCCGUCCGUGGCGCCGCAACCCUCGGUAUCUCUGACCCAACCUCGGCCCGUGUCUCUGCCGCUGUAGCCUCGCGCAUCCUCCGCUAUCCGCUCCAGCCUUCCCCGUUCAAGCGCUCCUCGCGCGCCCUGGUCAACUCCUUCCAGCUCCGCGCCGUGCCCGAGCUCCUCUUUCGCCUUGCCGCCCUCCUCUCCGCCGUCCGCGCCGCGCAGGCCGACUACCUUGCGCUCUGGCGCAACCAGGACUUUUUGCCUACCCCGCGCCAGCUGCGGCCACUCUGGAUUGCGCUCCGCUCGCUCGUCUCCAUUCUUCGUGAGCCACAACGCCUCGUCCACCAGGGCUCCCGCAUCGGUCCCAUCUCGUCCGCCACCACCGACUCGGCCCUCCGCGAAGCCGGCUUUUCCUCCCUUGCCCACCUCCGCCAGCAAAUCCAGCGCUUUGUGGGCGAGUUUGGCAUCAUCCGCCUCGCCCUGGACAUGCUCUCGGCACCCUUUACUGAGCUCGCACCCACAACCUCAGUCAUUACCACUUCGCGUCUCGCCAAUUCGCUCCUCAUCCACGCAGUCAAGGACAACAUCUACAACGCCGCGUUGGUCUUUCCCAUGUUUGACGCUCUCAUCGCCCUCCUCGGCUACGACCUCAACACUGCAGCCACACUCGCCCACGUCUUUGACCGCAACGAGCUCCUUCUCCACGCCAUAUCUCCCGACCACGUCACCCGCUUUGUCGCUCUCCUGGACAAGCGAUCCGCGUCUCCAGACUCGCGCUUUGUCCUCCGCCGCUACCUCCGCCUCCUUUCGUCUAUCACCGUUUUUAACGGCCGCGGCGUGCUUGCUAAUCAAGAGCUUGUCACCAACUCGCUCGUUGUCAAUGCACCGCACCUCCUCAUCCGCUUUACUCAGCCCGGAGGUGGCCGCCCGGCCCUCGCUUGGCUCGGCGACACCUCGAUUUCGCUUACAGAGCUCGAUACCCGCGCAGACUUUGCCCCCCAGCGCGAGUACCUCGUUGCCCAGCUCGAGCUGUUGGCUAAUCUCGUUCACUCGCGUUCACACUUUAUCUCCACCGUGGUUCAGACGGUUGUCCCGUUCCCGCUCGUCUUUUCAGUUGUCUCCUCGCCUGACUAUUCUUACCCGCUCCGUGCAGCCUUUCUCCGCGUUCUCCACCACGCUUACGUCGACGUCGAUCCUUUUCAUGCCAUCCCGCUCCUCCAGCCAAUCCAUAUUUGGUCUUCGCUUGCUCUGGACGCGACCGAUGACUCGGGCACUGGCUCGAGCGCCGCAUCCGAAUCCUUGUCCGAGGCUGGAGGCGAGUCGGCGGCCCCGCCCGCCACCCGCUUCUCAGCCACCGGCGCAUGGGCCUCGUACGCUCGCCAGGGACGCGACCGCAUCGAGCGAAACCCGCAGCUCAAGGCCGUCGAGACCAUGGUUCUCCGCCAGCUCGGUGCCAUCGGCGCCGCCUACGGCGCUGAAAACCACCCUUUCAACACCUCGGGCUAUAAGACCUCUGCAGCUGGCAUUGAUGCCUACUCGCCAUCAAGCGUCGACGAAGCCGGCUUUACCACCUUUGUCCUCGCCAUGCUUAUGCUCCUGCAUCUCAUGCUCAAGUUUGGCCUGUUCCGUGACCACACCCACCGGCUUCACCUAGUUCAAGCACUGCUACCGCUGCUGGAGCGUGCGACGGCCCAGAGCUCUGACGAGACACACUCGUCGGCCGACGCGGCCGACUCGCCCUCGGCCGAGUUCUCCGACGUCGACUCGUAUGCCUCGUCGGCCACGACCUCGUCGCCCUCCCACCGAUCGGCCUACGAUGUGGUUGGCUCAUGCGAUCCCGUCGCUGUCCCCGACGCCGACGACCACGAAGUCGGUGUCUCUGCUGACCUAUUUGACAUCGCCUUUGACCACAGCCAGAUCCUCGACUCGCACGGCACCGUGGGCAGUUCCGAGACCGCGUGGUCCUUUGUCCGCCAGGCUAUCCUUGUCCUCUUUGACGCCGUCCACGAGCUCGAGGUCUCAGCCUCACUCUCCGGCCUCCUCACUCUCCUCCACACGGCGGUUCGACCGUACAUCUCCCGCCUCACCCGGGUCUUUCAGUCGUCCAUUCGUCCCACCAUGACCCACGCUGCAUCCACAGCCUCACUCACGCUCCACGACAUGGCCAACUCGGGUGUGGCCACGGCCAUCUCACCAACGAUCGCCCUCCUCCGCGCCACCCUCGAAGAGCUCCCGCGCCUCGCCGAUCUCCUCGACGAGGUCCACAUCCGCUCCUCAGGCUUUUUCGACCAGUCGCCGCUUCUGGCACUCCUCACCGAGCCGGCCACCACGAACGCGCUCUUUGGCAUUGUCCUGAACGCCUCGUCAACCCCACUGGUCACCCAAGCCUUUGGCCUUCUCACAUCCUCGCGGACCCAUGUGCUCUCGGUUCUCCGCGCUGCCGAGACCACCCAGAUCAUCGCCCUUCGCCAGAACCGCGAGUCGUUUACCCGCAUCGCUAACCUCAAGUUUGAGCUUGAGGAGCUCCUCACCUCGACCUGGUGCCUCGACGUAGCCAACCGCGUCCUCUACCUCCUCGAGACCGCUGCCUCUAUGCUUGAUCCCAGCUCGCCGCUCUGCUUCUCCCACAAGCAGAAUCUCAUGCUCUUUCACCACUUUCGCAUCCUCCCGCUCAUCAUGCAAGUCGUUGCCCUCACCCUCGCCUCACGAGCGCUCUCGGCCAAACUCCGCGCUGAAGCUGUCGAGUCAGCCGCGCGCUCGAUGAUUCUCGACGUCGACUCACCGCUUGUUCGUGACGCUCCCGUCCCCGUGCCACCACGAGACGACUCGUACUCGUACAUCGAGACCUACGAGCUCGAUACCGAGGCCAGCGAACAGCAGGCCUCAUCUUCGGGCCUCACAUCGCUCUCGUACUCGGAAUACGAUGACGAUGACGGCGAGUCAUACGAGUAUGCUCCGCCCUCGCCGGGCGACAACUCGUCGGACUCGCUUCCCAGCGAGCUGGGCGACUCGAUUGCCAUGCGGGUCGAGCCGGACGACAUAGCGUUGCCGGCGCCGCUUGCUGACCUCACACCGGCCUCGCUCGCUACCACACUCGAUACUAUCGAGACGCAGCUGCUCAUCAGCGCGCUCGAGCUCAUUCCGGCGUACUGCGCCGGCUCGCCUGCUGCACAGCAGCUGCUUGUCGGCUACGUUGAGCUCAUUAUGUCGGUUGUAGCCAAGGAGGCUCGCCCCGAGCUCGAGCACACCCGCGUCGCUGUCGACACUGCUGCCGUCGAGGCGCUCGCCUCUAUCUUUCGCAACAACUUUGGGCUGGCGUCCGAGCUCGACGCCGUCGUCAUCCAAGCCUUUGUCGCUUUUGCCGGUUCUGAAGGCACCCGCGCGCCGCGCUAUCUCCGCUUUCUCCGCGAGCUCACCGUGGUGGUCACCGGCCAGAGUGUAUCUGCGCUCAAACGAAACCAGAUUCUCAUUCUCAACACGCUGUCGAUGAUGCCGCCACAGAGCUGGCUUGUCGUUUAUGAUGGGCCGUGCGACAUCGCGCCCGAACUCAUUGACGAUCCCGAGUCGUCGUUUCAUUAUCACGUCGAACUCAUCCACCUUCUUGCAGCCUGUGCCCGCGGCAAGCACCACCUUGCCGAGGUCAUCUGCCAGGCGCUCAUCCGGCCCGAGCAGGUUGCUGCCGCCAUCAGCGACGAGGACGCGCCGCCGCAGCUCCGGGCCGCCUACAUGGCGCUUUUCCACCAUGCGUUUGUAGACACAACCCAGGCUGCACCGCUUGAUGCCACAGUGCUGGUUCUGUCGCAUGUCCGCACCCUCAUCGCGGCGUCGUGCACGCUUGACGCAACUAAUCCACAUUCGCUUGUCCACCGGACCAUGGUUGCUGCUGUUUUUGGGACCGCGCUCCCGCUAGUCUACGCGUUCUUCAUUCGAGCUUGGUCGUCGUCGCGUGACGUCGGCCCGGUCACCAAGCACCUCCCGCUCCUACGGACCCUGACCAAGCUCGCGCUGUUUGUCAUCGACUUGGGCGACGAGUUUGAGAGCUCCGGUGCCGUGCGCGACCACAUGGAGGAGCUUGUACUCGGUGUCCUCCGCGCCCUCGCGCGCAACGCCAUCGUCGACGCCGGCUCGGCCCACGUCAUCCACGACGCCGACCGAACCGACGCUGUGCUCGCGCGCAAACCCAAUUGGUCCGCCCGCCUCUUCCAGGGCCUCGGCCUCUUUGACACCGAUUCCCGCACCGCUGAGCUUGUCGAGCGCAACUUUGUCGAAGAUGCUAUCGCUGCUUAUCGGAGCCAGCUGGUGGACUUGGUGGUGGGCAUGACUGCGUCUGAGACCGAGUCGACGCCAGCCUGGCUCCGCCGCUUGCGCUGGCUCCGCCGUCGGCGUCGUGGCCGCAAGUUUCUCCCUACGCCUGUGCCGGCGCUCACCUCUGCCCCCGGCGCACAGCUCGCUGGCGAGCAGCUCGGCAAUGUUGUUAACAGCGGCGUCGGCUCGCCUUCGCUUCACAUGAAGCCGUGGACGCUCCUCAUCGAGCUCCUGUGCUCCAAGACCAAGCGCCCGGUCAUCCUUCGUCUCAUCGAGCUGCUAGACGAGUUUGAGUCGCGCGGACUUGUCCUUGCCGCCCGCAACGUCGUCCAGGUUCUCAUCGACGCCCUCGCCUUUGAGCGCCAGUCUGGCGAAGCGGCAGCCGAGCGUCCACUCCGCGACGCCUUUGUAGCCGCCGGCGUCAUCCAAAAGGCGGUCCAGGUCCUCGGGACGGCGCACUCGCUCCUGGUGGAGCCCACGCUUUGGCUCGUCAUCCGGCUGCUCGAAGGUGGGAAGCGGAGCGUGCAGGACGCAUUUUACGACGUUGUCUCAUCGCCGAGUACCUCGUUCUUCAAGGUCCUCUCGCGCAUCAUUCGCUCGGCGGCGCGAACGCUGGAGGAGGUUUCGUCGGCGUCCGACAGCGUGGCCGGUCUCGGUGCCGACAGCGGCGUUGGCGCCCACACCGCGACGCCGGUUCCCGCCGUCGACGCCGACCAUGCCACUGGCAUCCUCCACUCGAUUGCCCAGAGUGACAAGGUCACCCGCAACGCAGCCAUUGUCGGCGCUGCAGACCGGACAUGCCCGCAUCCACAGGCGGCCACGAGUGCGCACACGCUUGUGGGCCACGUGGUCGUCCUUGUCCAGUGGAUGGUCGCCAAUCAACACUCGGGCUUGCAGAAUCUGCUCCGCGACCAACCGGGCGCGACACAGCCGACCAAUGUGGUCCGCGAUCUGAUCUCGUUCUUCACCCUGUACGUCGCUUUUCUCCGGCCGAACAACCUGCUGCUCGCAACCCAGCUCCUGCACACUUUUGCCGAGCUCUGCAUGGGCCCAUGCUCGGGAAACCAGGAGAUCAUUUCGGUGACGAGGCUGUGCAAGGUCGUCAACGAGGUUCUCUCUACCGACACUCUCGCGCUCGUCAUGUCGUCGUCGUUCUUUGCUUCGGCCGGCCGCGAUGACGCCAACAACGCCGACGCACCCGACGACGGCACGGCGUCGGCGGUCCUCUCACUCCCCGACGUCGACGAGGCUCUUCUCCCUGUCUUUGCCGCCUCGCCUCACUUUCUGGCCGGCCUCGGCCAGAUCCGCAUGGCCAUGGCUGCCGCUGCCGCCGACGAGCUUGCGUCAACAGCAAGCCCGGAGCAUGGGAUGACCCGCGCCGAAGCCGAAGCCGACGCCGAGCGCUACCACGCGGUCCAGACCGGCGUUGGUCGCGGUGGCGAUGGCGAGCCUGGCGAGGCUGUCUUUGUGGACGUCGGCAUCUCGGCCUUUCGCCCUCAGCCACAAAACGAGACUCUCGAGUCGUCACCGGUCACAGGUGAGAGGAGGGGCGAGGCCGGGCACGCUUCUGCUAGUGACGGCGACGGCUCUGGCUGCGCCGUGUGGAGUGCCGUCAAGCGGCUCCGGGCCGGUAAGGCCAGCAGCGGCGAGAGUCUGCGCGAGCUGGGUUUGGAUCCGGACUCCAGGCGCCCACGCGAUCCGCGGUACGCCCACCUCAACAUUGCCGCAGGCGACAAUGGCAUGGCGCUGUUUGUCGUCGAUGACGACGAGGAAAGAGGAGGCGGCGACGACGAAGACGACCAAGUUGACGAGUACAAUGGCGAUCGCCGCGGUACACCAGGGAGCACGCGGGUCAAGGAGGCGCCUGCUGAGCGUCGGCGGCGUCAGGCGACGCACGUGUACCUGGCGCAGUUGCGGCUUGCGGCGCUCGACACACUGCACGCACUGCUGGAGGGCUCGACUGUCCCGUCGUGGAACGUGGCUGUUCACCGGCGGAUGAUUGACCAGCUCAACUUGGUGCGGUUUGCCGACACAGCGGCAGCUACAGCAAAGCUCUCGCUCUCGUCGCGGAGGGUGUGGGGCGGCGGGCGACGGAUCAAGCUGUGGGAGCGACUCAAGAGUCUGCGCGCCCGCGAGGGCUUCCAGGCCUACAUCCUGCUCGCCAAGUUGAUGGACUUGGAGCCGCAGUCGCGCCGGGUGCUGGAGGCGUUGCGGACGCACGACUUGAGCGCAUACGUGGCGCUUCGCGGGCGGGUCGAGUACGUCAAUGCCGACCGCGAGCUGGAACGCCUCUACUUUCGAAUUCCGGAUCACUGCUUCAACCUGACCAAGGAGCGGUGGGACCGGUUUGUGCUCGACAUCGACCGCGACGACGAGAAGCUCAAGGACUUUAUGGUCAAGUCAGAGGACCUCUCGUUUGAGCUGAAGACCAAGUCUGUCCAGCCGCUUGGCGCCAUCGGCCGCUACAUUCAGCAGCGCGACUUGUGGUGGAAAGACAUGUCGUUCUGGACGGCGGUUGUCAUCAACAUCCUCAUGAUUGCGUUUUGGCGGACGAGCAGCGGCGGUGAGAUAUCGUACAUUGCCGACAGCGUCCGUGGCGUUAUUGUGGCACUGGGUGUGGUGACGCUCGUCACCUCGGGCCUCACCACGAUGGCAUACCUGAUGUCGCUCGGCCCGCUCAUCUUGUACAAGUCGUGGAAAAGUGAGGAGCCCGUGGUCGAGUUUGACGAGCGCGAGCGGAACGUGUGGUUUGUGCUCAAGUCGACGCUCUUCCUCCUCCGCAACUCACGGUGUCUCUUCUACGUAGCGUACUUUGUGACGGCGCUCCUUGGCCUUGCCGUCUCGCCGUUCUACUUUUCAUUCCACUUGCUCGACAUUGUCAACCGGUCUGCGACGCUGCGGUCGGUCAUCCAGUCUGUGACGCUUAAUCUGGCCUCCAUUGUCUUUACAGGCGUGCUCGGCAUGCUCGGCAUCUACUACUACGCCAUUGUGGGCUUCAACCUCAUGCGCGACGACUUUGUGCUCGAGGGCUCACGGUAUUGCGACUCGCUCGCGCUGUGCAUUGUGACGGUGGCGAACCUCGGGCUGCGAGCCUCAGGCGGCAUCGGCGACAACAUGGUGCUGCAGCCGUACUCGGUUGACCACUCGCUUGCACGCGUUGCCUUUGACCUCUCGUACUUUUUCUUUCUCGUCGUCAUCUUUCUCUCCAUCUUCCUCGGCAUCAUCACCGAUACCUUUGGAGAGCUCCGCGCCCGCCGCAACUAUCUGCAGAACGAGAUCCGCAACCACUGCUUUGUGUGCGGGGUUGACCGUUCGCGGCUGAUGCGCGACGGCAACGGGUUCUCCACACACGUCUCGUCGGAACACAACAUUCGCCACUACAUGUUCCUCAUCUCCUACCUCCGCGAGCUCCCGCUGCUGCAGCAGAGUGGCGGCGAGGCGUACAUAGCCCGCAAGAUCCUGGUCUACGACACCUCGUUCUUCCCCGAGCAGCGCGCCAUGUGCUUUGAGCGCUCUGCGCAGCGCGACACUGUCGAGCUGUGGGAGCUGGCCGCCAAGGUCGACGACGUCCGCAACGACCACGACCGCAUGCUCGCCGAGGUCCGCCGCUACUGUGCCGCCCUUGAGCAGGCCCAGCUCCGCGCCAAACGUGAGCAAGACACCGACCUGGAGAUCCUCCUGGCCGAGCUCCGUGUCCAGCAGGACAUGACGAGAGUUCUUGCUACACGCAUCGAGUCGGCGCUGGCAGGAAGCGAGUAA